ACCACAUUACCCUUGUAUUCUCUGACAGUCAAAAAACCGCAUUAGUUGCCUCAUGUUCAGAGUUACAUCAGAGAAAUUCAAAUCAAUCGAAACAUUCAAGAUGACGAAAGAUAGCGAAAAAGGGAAAUACGCGGCCCCCGAGGGUUCAGCUACGGUCGAAUACGCAGCAGCUCUCGUCUGUUCCAUGCUUAUGUUUUGCGCUGGGAGUGUUAUCGGAUUCAGUUCACCGGCACUUUCCGUCCUGACUGGCCCAGACAGCCCAAUGACCUUGACCGAUUCAGAUGUUUCCGCCGUCGCCUCUUGGAUGCCCAUAGGUCACAUGGUUGCCCCUUCGAUGACCCUUUUCCUGGUCAACACACUCGGAAGAAAGAAGAGUUUACUGGCAGUUGGAAUACCAGCCGUGCUCAGUUGGGGUCUCGUCGCAAUCGCUGAUAACGUCACCGUUCUAUGCAUCGGUAGAUUUUUAGGCGGUAUAUCAUUCGGACUCGGUGUAACGGUGACCCCGAUGUACCUGGCUGAAAUAGUGUCCACUAAGUUGAGGGGUGCAUUGGGGGUGUUCGGCAGCACUUCGUUGAACAUCGGAGUUUUCAUCAUGUGCGUUACGCUGUCAUAUUCCGGCAUAGCCAUAUGUUCUUGGUUAUUGAUGAGCAUCGCAGUAGCCUCGACCGUCGGAGUACUUUUUCUACCCGAGUCUCCGUACUUCCUAGCUAUGGUCGGUAGAUUCGAAGAAGCCGAAGGAGUACUCGAGUUACUGAGGGGGCUGACCGAUGUCUCGGAAGAGAUGCUGAUAGUCAAAGAAACUGUCAGAAAACAGGGAGCUAAAGUGGCGGAGGAGUUGAAGGAAAAUGAAGAGAAACUGGCGGGCGAACAGGAGGAACCUCGACACGGCGCAUUCGCGGCAUUGAAGAAUCUCUUCGUAAUAAAGGGGAAUCGGCGUGGACUGUUGAUCAACACUUUUCUCAUAUUGAUCGUACAAUGGGGCGGAUACGGGGUCUUCGGAGUCUACGGAUCCUUAAUAUUCAGAGACAUGAAGACACCGAUGCAAGAAAAAGUCGCCACCACGGUGAUCGCCAUCAUUGGACUGGUAUUCAACGUCUUGGCGAGCUUCCUGAUAGAGAAGCUUGGCCGUAGGUUUCUCAUGGUGAUAUCAGGGAUAUCGAGCGGCAUCUGCACUUUGAUAGUCGCCCUCUACUUCUACCUGGCGGAAUACAUGAAUGUCGACGUUUCCGGCUAUUCGAACGUUGCCGUUGUUGUAUCGUUCUUGUUCGUAGCCGUGGUCAGUAUCGGAGUAAUGCCCGUCCAGUUGGUCGUACUUUCUGAAACGAUAGCACCAGAAAUGAAAGGUUGGGUUGGUCUGAUCCUCGGAGUCGGCGGUGGUUUCACCUCAACUGUUAUCUCGCAGAUGUAUAUCACGGUAGCUGUAACUUGGGGCUUCGGUCACUGCGUACCCUUCUUCGGAUUCGUUAUUAUAAACUGCCUGUGUACCAGCGUAUUGGUGAAGUGCAUGCCGGAGACUAAAGGGAAGUCAUUUGCGCAGAUACAAAAGGAACUGAACGCCUGAAAUUUUGAAAUUGUCGAACGUCAUAUCAUUAUGGCGCGAAAGAUUGCUCAAAAAAAAAAUUCUGAUCGCUUAGGGAUUCAGAUUUCGAUUCGAUUCAUUUUUCAUAUUGACAAGGAAAAGUGUCGAGAUAAAACCACGUUGAGCGUGCGAUUCUUUCAUGUUCAGAUACCGAAUUCAUGGUAUUGAUUCUCGAGAAUGAUUUUCAGAGAAUGAGAUACAAAAGGUAGCGAGACUUCGAAUGAGCAUCUCGAGGGUCCGAUACGAAGAUAGAAGUUGAAGUAAUACUGCCAUUGUUGAACUUCGUUUUGUCCACGUGAUCGCUGUACGAUCGAUUUGUCGCCAAAUAGAGGCACAUCGAAUCAUCGUCCAACUCUACGAGUCAAUUGGUUCUAAAACCGGAAGUAUUCGAUUUAUGAAUAAAAUUUGUUACUUGAGAAAUAAUACACAUGACUUACCGACCUUAGGUGCGUCGGUGAAGAAAUUUACCAAACAAUUUCUGAUGCGUAAUAACACAGAAUUGAUUAAUGUUAAAUGACUGUGAAAAAUAUAAAUUAUAUUUAACAAAAUAAAAGUAAUAUUUUAUAAAUGACAAAUGUGAAAUAAAUUUUCAUUUAUACCUCACAAACUGUGU